AUGGGUGCCGAUCCACCUGCCUUCCCUGGUGAGAGCCCCUCAUCCGCCUCGAUCAAAUCCCCUGCUACUCAGCUGGCCGUGUUUGGCCCGAGCUUUGAAAAUUCGGGGACCAGUGAUUUGGUUUCGCGUAUGAAACGUAUGGACCAUGACAGUCCUGGUCCAUACUCGGAUAACGCAUCCACAUCAACUGGCUACGGAUUAGGUCCGUACCGAAAGCUCCAGCACAAGGAUUAUGAGAAUUUUAUGAGUGGUCGUGCUAUUGGUUCCGUCUUCACGGAUCUCCCGAAAGCCAAUUACGGCUUAUCUCAUCGGCUGAAUCCUUUGCAACGCCAUAGCUCCGCGGAUUCUGCUUUGCCCACUCGGUCCCGAUACUCGGAUUUGGGUUUGCAGCCAAAUCGGAGUACUGAUUAUUCUGUCCACUCCAAUAAGCCUCUUACGUCUGUUCACCAGGGUCAGAGUGAUUUGCGAAGCUUCAAUGCAACAAACUCCAAUCCGGGACAUGGCAAUGGCAUGAAUAAACCUGGCGAUCAAAAUUUGCCUGCGCAAUGGUCUGAGCCGUCAGAGCUAGCUCUCUUUCGUGGCAACAGAUCUACCUAUCCUGGGCCUACCGGUCAUGUUUCUGCUUUUGAAAACCUGUCGUCUCAAAAGGACAUACGACCCUACGAUCGUCGCAAUGGUCAGUUUUGGAUGGGCUUCUCUGAUAUGCGCGAGGGUCAACAGGCCAUCAAACAUCUUGCCCGCGGGAACCCAGCCUGGGCCAUUGAGCCCGUCGGUGAAACGAAUUUCAAGAACUAUGCAAGAAUCGGAUUUUCUCACCCCGUCUUUGAAGACCAAGUUUUGGUGAUAGCCUUUUGUGGACCUGGAAGAAGAGUCCCUCAUCACGAGCUUAUGCCGACCCUAAAGGAUGUGCUCGAGUUAGUGGGUCCCAUCGCCGAUAUUCGCCCAGUGAAAUUUGAAACUGUCAACAAAACGCCUAGGUUUUUCAUACAUGGAUUUGUCGCGCGUUAUUAUGAUUCUACACAUGCUUCAAACGCCGUCCGGGCUAUCAAUGCCAUCUCAACACCCGGCUUCAUCCUUGAGAUUCUCGGCUACCAUCGUGAUAUGGAAACUCACAAGAUUCGCCACUGGAAUUGUCAAGAACAAGGUGCUGGUCGAAUGAUUGAUCCCGACUUGUCCCCUGAGGACAGCCGAGAUCAAUCUCCUCGGACCCCCAGCCGACACAGUAUCAAUGACGAGCGGGCUAUUGAUCUUCAAGCCAUUAUCCAAGGCAAGGAUAAUCGAUGCACAGUCAUGCUUAAGAAUAUCCCCAAUUCGCAGACAUGGGAUCAGCUCAAGACAUACUUGGAUGUCACAUCUGCAAAGAAGUUCGACUUCUUGUACUUGCGUAUGGACUUUGAGCAGCGUCUUAAUGUUGGUUAUGCCUUUAUCAACUUUGCUUCGUUUUUUAGCAAACGGAAUGGAACACCAUGGCCAGCUUUCGGUGCUGUUGGUCGAAUGAAAUAUGCGCACGUCUCGUAUGCAACCGCCCAAGGUUAUAACUUCCUGGUUGAGAAGUUUCGGAACAGCCCGGUCAUGUUGGAUUUCCCGGAUAAUCGUCCCAAGUUGUUCUACAUUCAUGGACCUCGCACUGGCGAGGAAGCACCUUUCCCACCUGUGAAUAACUUCUGGACACUUGCAAAGGGCGUUGACCGAAGCAAACUGACAGGUUUGUACAAGGGCCCUCGAGAGAACCGCACUAGUGGGAAUGGUCAUCACGAUGCCGAUCGACGUCACGGAUCUGAUGAUUCACGUCCCGGAUCUGAUGAUCAACGUCGUGGAUCAAACGCCACUCCACGUCGUCAAUCUGACAGUUCCCAGCCCGGGACUGUGAUCGAGACACCCACCCAAGGCCUCCGACGCCAUACUCGAGGCAACAGCAAAUGGGAAUUCCCUGGGUUUUGA